GGGGGGCUCCCAGAGGAGAGGGCGGGUGCUGCUGGCUGCCCAGGGCACAGGAGGAGGGGUAGACCCUCUUACAAAGGCUGGUCACAAGCCUCCUGCUGCUGGAUAUGACCUCCAACUACUCUUUCCAAAGGAGACGGUGAGUACCUGUUGCUCACCUCCUGUGUGCAAGCUGGGACAACGUGGACCGGAGCCCUCGCCUUGGACAAAUCAGAUAAAAACAUACAGAGCGUUAUGCAGCAGCAAAGAAUUCACAGAACGGGUCACAGUGGCCAAGCUCCCGGAGGCUCUGCGUGAUUCCCUGUCAGGUCGGGCUUGUGGAUGAUGUCAGCCACUGGCCCUCGGGGAGGAGAGACCUUUGCAGGCCGGCGUGGUGGGGACGGAGACCAGCUUCUCAAACCCAGCCCACCUGCCCCCCAGUUGACAUCCCAUUGUCUCCUCUGAAUGUCUGGAGACACCCAGCCUCCCCUCCCCGCCUUCCCUGACCAGGACAUUAACUGUCCCCGAGUUGGAGAGACGUCUAGAGACUUCUAGUCCGGAGAAGAAAGGGCUGAGAAGCGCCUCGGCUGAGUGUUCCCGAAGAGCCUGUGCUUGGAGGGGCGAGCGUGUUUCUACCUCUGCUUACCCCUUUCCCAGGAAAGCCAUUAAGUAAGGAAGAGGAGAACGCCGUGUCUCACAUCGAUGGGGAAACUGAGGCCUGGAGAAAGGAGGUACCGUGCCGUGCUCAGCGGGCGCCACCGCUCCGGGUGUGCGUGGGCCCCCAGUUCGAAUUUGUGGAGCGGUUGCCCCUUUCCUUCUCUUAGCCCCGAAUGCCCGUGCUCCGCGCUCCUCUCCCCUCCCGCCACGUUCAGUGACAAGAGUGGGCGUGAUACUCCUGGAGGCCUGCGAGGAUUGCGAGACAGAGCAGAACGAUUCGUGAUCUGGCCUUUAAGGAGGAGGGAAGGACCGAUGGGCCGAAGUCUGAGGCUCAGCCUCGGGGCAUAAUCCUCCCCACCAGGUCAGGAAAGGAAGAGACGGUCUGACUAGCUGCCAUUGGUCCCUGGUGCGGCUAUGAGCAAGGGUGCUACCCGGGAGCCUCAAAAACUGUGACAAGGCCAGGGGUGGUGCAUGGGGUGACACCGGGUCUCCCCAGGACCCAGCACCUCUCAGCACGGAAGCUUUUUAAUUUUCCUCAGUGCAGAUUACUUUUCUUUUAAUACGGAUUUCCUCGGCAGUCAUCAGACUGGUGGCAUUUCUGAUCGGGCUGGGUGGCAUUGGAGGACACUGGAGGCAUUGGGGGCCCUGCGUGGGGCAGGGGCUCUUCAGAUCAGAGUGGUGCUGUGGGGGUGCUCCAGAUGGUGCUAAGGCCUCCUGGGGGUGGGGGGCGGGGGACGAUGCUCCUGGGUGAGAGGUGACUGGACAGAGGCGCGAGAUUUUUCUCUCAGCUGGUGGUCUGCGUGCCACAGUGGGAGCGUUUGCGUCUGCCAUUGGCCCCAGCUUCUUCUGGCUGCCCGGCUUCCUCCCAUGGCUGCUUCAGCUGGGCCAUUUCUGGAUCAUUGCUUCUUGCACACUUCAUUCUGUGGGAGCCGUCAGGAGAGCAAAGUGCCCCGAGUGUGGGUUCACCUUGCAGGCUGUGGCUCAGAGGACCACUGUCAGGGGAGAAGGGGAACUGGGGUCUAUAUCUGUUUCCACAGAACCAGGCUUCUUGCCUCUCAGCCGGAGGGAUGGAGGUCGUGUGGUUUCCUCUUCCCUUCCAAGUUCACAAUGGCGGCCCUUGGUUGGAAAUGUUACACAUCUGGGCCCCUGGGGCGUCUCUGCAGAUGGCGGGUCGAGUCUGAUCACCCUGAUCACCCUGCUCUAGCCCCUCUCCUAGAGGAAUGCAGACCCUCCCCAGAUGCUCUGACCAGCUAACGAUGUGUGUCCCAGGCUAGGGCGACCGCCUGCCCGAUCUGCCAGGGUCUGAGAAGAUUCUUGGGAUACAAAAUUUUCCUGCUAACACUGGGGCACUUGCAGACAAAUGGUGACUCUUGGUCCCUUUACUCACUGCUGACUGCCCUCCCCCUAGACCUGCCAGCCGCACUGAAGUUUGAGAGCCACAUUCUAGGAUGUCCUACAGGCAAAGGAAGGUCCUUGGGAGAGACGGAGAUAUUUUUUUUUCCUUUUUCUUAUCCUAUUCCUUUCCCCAGCAAAGCAUUCACCUUGGCCACCCUGGCCCACAGAGGAGCCUCCCCUGCCCAGCACAGGGUUUUUCCCAUUUGUUUUGGCCCCAGCCGGAGAGAAAGCUUGUUUGCCAUUUUCAUGCAUCAUCUCUAAGAGCAGGGCCUCAAACUGGAGGCCCACCCUGGCACCUCAUACAUAGGCUGACCUGGGCAAGGUCCUCUCAACCCGCUUAUGAAGGUCAUUCCGCGGCUCAAUCACCAGCCCCUCGCUUUGGCAUUUGCAUAUCCCUAUGGUGGUGACCCACAUGGCUGUGUGUCCCGGGGACACCGGCUCCACUCACCUCAGUGUUGCGAUGUCCCUCUGGCCUCAGGUUCGAAUUCUUGGUGCCCAAAAGGAGAUUUAGGACUAGGAGAAAAUCACACCGGACCAGCAUGAAAGAGCAAGGGAGGGGAAACAUCUAUGUGUCUUCCGGGGAAUUUUAUUUGUUUGGGUCACUUCACUGUUUUUUCGUUGUUUUUUGUUUGUUUGUUUGUUUGUUGUGGUUGUUGUUUUUCCUGGUGUCAGAUUGGUAGGAGGCAAGUCUUUAAAAUUCUGGAAACAAAUUCCACAAACGAGUCUUCCUUUUCUUUUCCGAGAGUUUGUCUGGGGUUUGGUUCUGUUUGGGUCAGCUGGACCAUUCGACCUCCACCAUCCCGGCCAUCAAAACCCUCGGCCACUGGCUUUCUGACGCAGACAUAUAGAGAAGCGGACGGGAAGUGGUCCCUUUUCCUGCCUUAAAAUUGCUGCUCACCGUGCCUGGUUGUUCACAAAGACCAGCCCAAGUAGGCCAGGUCUGCCUAUGUUUCCGAGGAGCUAAAGGCCGCCGCCCUAGUGGAAGAGGACCUAGACCCCGAGGAGAGCACGGUAGAUGGGGAGCCCUCGGCCAAGUACAUGUGCCCCGAGAAGGAGCUCAGCAAGGCCUGCCCCAGUUACCAGAACUCCCCGGCGGCUGAGUUUUCCAGCCACGAGAUGGACAGCGAGUCGCACAUCAGCGAGACCAGCGACCGCAUGGCCGACUUCGAGAGCGGCUCCAUCAAGAACGAGGAGGAGACCAAGGAGGCGGCCGUCCCCCUGGAGGACACGACCGUGUCGGACAGCCUGGAGCAGAUGAAGGCCGUGUACAAUAACUUCCUGUCCAACUCGUACUGGUCCAACCUGCACCUCAACCUGCACCAGCCCUCGUCCGAGAAAAACAACGGUGGCAGCAGCAGCAGCAGCAGCAGUAGCAGCAGCAGCUGCGGCAGCGGGAGCUUCGACUGGCACCAGAGUGCCAUGGCCAAGACGCUGCAGCAGGUGUCCCAGAGCCGCGUGCUGCCCGAGCCCAGCCUCUUCAGCACCGUGCAGCUCUACCGGCAGAGCAGCAAGCUCUACGGCUCCAUCUUCACGGGCGCCAGCAAGUUCCGCUGCAAAGACUGCAGCGCCGCCUACGACACGCUGGUGGAGCUCACGGUGCACAUGAACGAGACCGGGCACUACCGCGAUGACAACCACGAGACGGACAACAACAACCCCAAGCGCUGGUCCAAGCCCCGCAAGCGCUCGCUGCUGGAGAUGGAGGGCAAGGAGGACGCCCAGAAGGUGCUGAAGUGCAUGUACUGCGGCCACUCGUUCGAGUCCCUGCAGGACCUGAGUGUCCACAUGAUCAAAACAAAACACUACCAAAAAGUGCCUCUGAAGGAACCCGUCACGCCCGUCGCAGCCAAAAUCAUCCCCGCCGCGCGGAAGAAAGCUUCGCUGGAGCUGGAGCUGCCCAGCUCCCCGGACUCCACGGGCGGGACCCCCAAGGCGGCGAUGGCGGAUACCAACGACGUGCUUCAGAAGAACUCCAACCCCUACAUCACGCCAAAUAACCGGUACGGCCACCAGAAUGGGGCCAGCUACGCCUGGCACUUUGAAGCCCGCAAGUCCCAGAUCCUGAAGUGCAUGGAGUGCGGCAGCUCCCACGACACGCUGCAGGAGCUCACCGCCCACAUGAUGGUCACCGGCCACUUCAUCAAGGUCACGAACUCGGCCAUGAAGAAAGGCAAGCCCAUCAUGGAGACGCCCGUCACGCCCACCAUCACCACCCUGCUGGACGAGAAGGUGCAAUCCGUGCCCCUGGCCGCCACCACCUUCACGUCCCCCACCAACACCCCCGCGAGCGUCUCCCCGAAGCUGAGCGUGGAGGUCAAGAAGGAGGUCGACAAGGAGAAGGCGGCCGCCGACGAGAAGCCCAAGGAGAAGGAGAAGCCCUGCGAGGAAGAGGAGAAGUACGACAUCUCCUCCAAGUACCACUACUUGACGGAGAACGACCUCGAGGAGAGCCCCAAGGGGGGACUGGAUAUCCUCAAGUCCCUGGAAAACACCGUGACGUCCGCCAUCAACAAGGCCCAGAACGGCACCCCCAGCUGGGGGGGCUACCCCAGCAUCCACGCCGCCUACCAGCUCCCCAACAUGAUGAAGCUGUCCCUGGGCUCCUCGGGGAAGAGCGCGCCCCUGAAACCCAUGUUUGGCAACAGCGAGAUCGUGUCUCCCACGAAAAACCAGACCCUGGUCUCCCCGCCCAGCAGCCAGACCUCACCCAUGCCCAAGACCAACUUUCACGCCAUGGAGGAGCUGGUGAAGAAAGUCACGGAGAAAGUUGCCAAAGUGGAGGAGAAGCUGAAGGAGCCGGAGGGUAAGCUGUCUCCGCCGAAGCGGGCCACCCCGUCCCCGUGCAGCAGCGACGUCAGUGAGCCUAUCAAGAUGGAGGCAUCCAGCGACGGCGGCUUUAAGAGCCAGGAGGGCAGCCCCAGCCCUCAGCGGGACGGGUGCAAGGAGGGGAGCCCCCCGGCCGAGCCGGUGGAGAAUGGCAAGGAGCUGGUGAAGGCCAUGAGCAGCGGCCUGAGCAGCAGCACGGCCAUCAUCACUGACCACCCGCCCGAGCAGCCUUUCGUGAACCCCCUGAGUGCCCUCCAGUCGGUCAUGAACAUCCACCUGGGCAAGGCCGCCAAGCCCUCCCUGCCCGCCCUCGACCCCAUGAGCAUGCUUUUCAAGAUGAGCAAUAGCCUGGCCGAGAAGGCGGCCGUGGCCACCCCGCCGCCCCUCCAGUCCAAGAAGGCGGACCACCUCGACCGCUAUUUCUACCACGUCAACAACGACCAGCCCAUAGACUUGACGAAAGGGAAGAGUGACAAGGGCUGCUCUUUGGGUUCAGUGCUUUUGUCACCCACGUCCACGUCCCCGGCAACCUCCUCAUCCACGGUGACAACGGCAAAGACAUCUGCCGUCGUAUCAUUCAUGUCAAACUCGCCGCUACGCGAGAAUGCCUUGUCAGAUAUAUCCGAUAUGCUGAAGAACUUGACAGAGAGCCACACGUCAAAGUCCUCCACUCCUUCCAGCAUCUCCGAGAAGUCUGACAUUGACGGGGCCACGCUGGAGGAGGCCGAGGAGGCGACGCCCGCCCAGAAGAGGAAGGGCCGCCAGUCAAACUGGAACCCGCAGCACCUGCUGAUCCUCCAGGCCCAGUUCGCAGCCAGCCUCCGGCAGACGUCCGAGGGCAAGUACAUCAUGUCAGACCUGAGCCCGCAGGAGCGAAUGCACAUCUCGAGGUUCACCGGGCUGUCCAUGACCACCAUCAGCCACUGGCUGGCCAACGUGAAAUACCAGCUGCGAAGGACAGGUGGGACAAAGUUCCUCAAAAACUUGGACACUGGCCACCCCGUGUUCUUCUGUAACGACUGUGCGUCGCAGAUCAGGACUCCUUCCACGUACAUCAGUCACCUCGAGUCACACCUGGGCUUCCGGCUCCGGGACUUGUCUAAACUGUCCACCGAACAGAUUAAUAAUCAGAUAGCACAGACCAAGUCGCCCUCGGAAAAGUUGGUGACGUCCUCCCCCGAGGAGGACCUGGGGACCUCCUACCAGUGCAAACUUUGCAAUCGGACCUUUGCGAGCAAGCACGCGGUUAAACUUCACCUUAGCAAAACGCACGGGAAGUCCCCAGAAGACCACCUUCUGUACGUUUCCGAGCUAGAGAAGCAGUAGCGUUUGCUUUCGAGGAGGAUGACUGUAAUUUGCUUUGAGGGAGAACGGUUGCAGGCACCUUAAGGCCCCUCUGUCUUGUUCUUGGCACAUGUUCUUAUUUUAACUGCGGAGAAUCACUCUGGGCUGGACUGUUUUGUAUAACUGUACAGUGUUUAAUAGAGGUGCAUAAUCAGCUGUUGUUACUGGUAAAAUAUGAAGGUUAAAACGCAGUGGUAAGUGUUUGGAACUUUGUGUAAAUGGGAUUGAGUUGUGAGCAUCCUCUGAUGCUUCAAGCUGCAUGCAUUAACAGACAGUUUAAUUAAGCAUUUAUAACGAAAUCGGGCACACUUCUUCCACGCGGCGCGAGUGUGCCGGCGUUUCUCACCCUUUCAUCUUUAGCCCUCUGAGUACUUUGAAGCACUUUUGCAUUAAUUUGGUUAAAAAAUAAAAUGAAAUAAUAAUAAUGUAUGAAGCUCUGUUUUUUAAACUCCUUACCAGCUUAGUUAAAAUUAAUAAUAUGAACCUCCCUUUAUGCAGGUCUGCAGGGGUAUAACACGCCUUGAAAUUUAAAAGAAUAUUAUUUUCACAUUGAAACAUAGAUGUAUAUAUUGUAUAGAUUUCAGACUCUCUUAUGGAAAAUGUGAUUGUGGUUUAAAUGACCUUUUUUUCCUGCAUUUAUAGCAACAGUGUUUUAUGUACCUGCUAUGCUCCGGGCAUAAGCCGUGCCUAUGUAUAGUGUAUAUUUUUUUUUUCUUUUUUCUUUCUUUAUUUAUUUUUUUUUUUUUUUUUGGUUUUUUUUUGUUUUUUUUUUUUUUUUUAGGUUUUUAAAGGUCUAUGGGGUUUUUUUUUGUUUGUUUGUUUGUUUUUACAUGCAAACAUUGUAAAUUAUACAGAAGAUACCACAGAUAGCAUUUAUAAAGUAUACAGAAACAUUAUCUGAAAGCAAAGUAUGAUUGUUUGUUUUGCUAUACAGUACAUCUAUAUUGAUAGGUUCAUGUUUAAAUUAUACAUAUUUAUUAGCAUCAUAUUAUCAUUUGUUUUGAGCAGUCUGAAUACACGAGGCAGGAAACGACAUCCGUGGCGGGCAUCAUAACUAUUUUGCACAUGAUUUUUAAAGGUAUUUAUUAGAAGUCAAAGAAUGCGCAAAAUAAACUCAGUGCUCAAAGGGUUAAGUCUAUCUGAAAAGAGAAAAGAAAAAAAAAGAGGAACAGCAACAAAAAGAAGUUGUACUGUAUCUCCGAAGCAUUGAUAAAGCCUUUAAAAUGUUUGUACUGUAAUACUUUGCUUAAAAGUCACGAGGCAUUCUGUGACACAACCUCUUCCACUAAUUUAUAAGCCCUCUCGGUGGCUCUUCCAUAUUGUAGGAUGCCUUUUCCUUCCGAUUGGUAACUUUCUGUUUUGUUCUUCCUAAUUAUUCUCCCAAGAUCCCACACUGCAGUUUUAUCUUUAGGCUUAUGAAAGGUAACCCGUGGUUACCGGCUCUCCAAGUGAUUCUGUUCUUCUCCAUUUUUGGCAGUUAAUUUGCAGAAGUAACUGACAGCUGACACCAUACGAGAACCUAUGUAUAAAAUAUUGGCAUGUAAGCAGCACAGACACUGUAACACACUCUGUGCCCUGUUUUGUUGUUGACAAUGAACCACCAUUAUGUGACUCUUCAUAUAACCCUUUUUUCUACGGCAGCAUUAAAAUUGUCUUUUUGCUAUAAUUUUGUGUUGCGUUCACAAUUCUGUCUGAAAUGUGCUACGGCUAACGAGCACAUUAAAAUUAAAUUGUAUGCGAUCUGUUUA